UGUGUAUAUGUGAUAAUUCAGUGACUGACAUCAUGAAGUGGGAUACGCUAAUGUUCAACUUACCAAGUUACGUAGUCUGACACACAAAUUCAUUAAAUUGCCAGGUAUGACAUGCAUAAUUUGUUUGGAUGGAAAAGUCUUAACUACAAUCGUCACAGAGCAGCUGAAGGCAGAUGCCGCUUAUUCACAAGAGCAAGUCAUUGACAGCUGCUGGGGUGUAUGAUAUGAACCCACAUAUAAUCAUCCCAAGAAAAGAAUUGUAAGAUGGAACAACUGAAGUUUCGACAAAUGUGUAUAUUUGUCACUGGAUGGCUAUCAUAUGCAUCAACAUACCUGCUGAGGAAGCCUCUUGGUGUGGUGAAAGCUGACAUGGAAAGGGUACUUGGAUAUGGCAAGACACAACUGGGCUUGCUUGACACUGCUCUCCUCUUGCCAUAUGCAUUUAUGCAGAUGCUUCUUGGACCAGUGGGAGAUCGGUUUGGAGCACGAAAGACGUUUGGGCUUUGCCUCAUUCUGUCAUCACUGUCAAUGAUUACUUUUGGCUACUGGAGCAGUUUUUCCAUGUUAUUCCUCCUUCUCUUCAUCAAUGGCACAGCUCAGUCCCAAUGCUGGCCCAACUGCACCAAGGCCUUGCUGUCAUGGAUACCAGACAACAUCAGAAAUGGUGUAUUUGGCAUAUUUGGCACAUGUGCCUUUGCUGGCGGUAUUUUUGGUACUUUACUAGCUGUAUAUCUACAGACCAACUAUGGUUGGAGAUACUGCUUCACGUUACCGUCAGUGAUUGUGGCUGGCCUUGGUGUCCUUGUGCUGAUGUGUUUUGUCACAGCGGAGGAAGCAGGUGUUUCUAUACCUGGAAAGGAGUUGAAGAAUGUUAAAGCAGAGUCACCUAUAUCUACAGAAAAACCUGGUAUGCUACAACUAAUGAAGAUACCUGCUUUGCUGGAAAUUGCAAUAACCGUGUUCUGUCUGAAGAUUGUGCGUUACUGUAUGUACAUGUGGCUGCCUAUGUAUCUCCUUCAACAUUUAAAAUAUUCUCAAAGUCUGGCUGGUGUGUGCUCAACAACAUUUGAAGUCGGUGGAGUACUAGGAAGUGCCCUUUUAGGACUUGUACUGGACAGGUAUUUUCCUGGGCGUUCUCUACACGGCACAUGGCUGUCCAUUCUUCUGUCUACAGUGUCGCUGAUUCUCUUCAUAUAUACAAGCUCAAUGGGGAAAGUUGUAAACUCAGUGUUUAUGUUCCUUGCAGGAGCAUUCAAUGCUGGGCCAGACACCAUAUUAGGAGGUGCCAUACCACUGGAGUUGGGAGAGAGGGAUGAUCGUAAAGCAGGGGCAGCUACAGUUGGUCUUGUCAACGGUUUCGGGAGUGUUGGAACCUGCAUAGAAGGACCAGUGAUAGGGCUGAUAUCCAGUAGGUAUGGCUGGGCCGGGAUGUUCUACCUAAUGAUUGGUCUGUCUGCUGUAGGCGUAGCUGCCAAUUUCCGUGCUGCUCGAAUCUAUCACAGAGGCCAAGACACAGCAUCUGCACUUCAAACUGUUUGACAGGAAUUAUUUUUCUCAAAAGAAUUAUUUUUAUUUUUACAGAGAACUUUUAGUGUACAUAGAGACAGAAUAACAUGUUCAUAUUAAAGGCAUGAACUUACAUACAGUUGUUAUUGUUACUGCCACUCUGUUAUUGCAUUAAAAUGAGCUUUGAUCAAAUUCCUUAGUGUAAACCCACUUGUUAUUGGGAGAUUUUUAUUAAUAUUGAUGUACAGUUACUGUUAGCAUAACAUCGUACCCAUGCAUCCUUCAUUCUCUUCCCACAGAGGUUACUUGUCAUAUCUUCCUAAGAACCUCUGUUCUUAUACGGCCAUAUUUCCCGCUUCUCAUAAAAUCCCCUAGCGGCAAAAGAUCGCAACACAAAUUAUUUCCCUUCUUUCUAUCCAAUCAGAACACGUGUUACAUCGACUUAGAUUCAACUUGACUAACACAAACAAAUGUGGGGCCACAAAUAUCCCUCCUCUGCCGGGGAAUUGAUGUGACAAACAAGGCAUUUAAUGGCUAGUUGUCCGUUGUCAACGAGGGUAAUAAGAGAUGCCAUUGAUCCGCCAUUACAUGACUGAGUCCUGUCUAGAAGAAACGUUUGCGCAUCAUGCAGGGUAAGAGGUUUAGUUUUCUCGAA